AUGGGACAACACGUGCAAUUGGCGGCCGCCGUGCUCCUUGUCUUCCUCCUCACAGCGCGUUGGUACUCCGACGACCUGCGGGAGUUAGUCGAGGACGGCCCUCGGGUCGGACACCUUCUUCUUCAGACGGUGUACGGGCUCGUGUGGAGGCCGUCGGUCGACGUCCGCGCCGGAGACUAUGGCGUGGGAUAUCCGCUGGCUGCCAACCUUUCCGCGUGCCACCCGUCGUUCACUGACGCCAAUCGGCCGACUAACUGCUGCCCACUCAGGAGGGACGCCGACCAGAGGGUUAUAGACUUUGAAUUGCCGAAACUUGUUCAAUCUCCUCUCCGGGUCCGCCGCGCGGCUCAUCUCCUCAACAACGAGUACAUCGCCAAGUACCAGAGGGCGGUGGCUAUUAUGAAAUCCUUACCCUCGGAUCACCCUCACAGCUUCUUCCGCCAGGCCAACAACCACUGCCUCUACUGCACGGGCUCCUACGACCAAGUCAACUCUUCGUUCCUGUUCAAGAUCCACCGAUCGUGGCUCUUCUUUCCGUGGCACCGCGCUUUCCUCUUCUUCCACGAGCGAAUCCUCGGAAAGCUCAUCGGUGACGACACUUUUGCCCUUCCUUACUGGAACUGGGACAACCCAGAUGGGAUGGUGAUGCCAGAGUUCGUCAACGAAGGGGCUCUAAACAACGAGCAGCGCGACUACACCCACCUACCGUCCAAUGUUGCCGAUCUUAACUACCAUGUGGGGGAGAUCCGGCGGCAGCCUGAACAGCAGGUGGCUGUCAACUUGGCUUUCAUGUACCACCAGAUGGUGUCAGGCGCCAAGAAACCAGAUCUAUUCUUGGGUUGCAAGCUAACUGCCGGGCCUGAGGGUGCCUGCAACGGCCCGGGGACAAUCGAGGGCGCCCCGCACAAUACCCUCCACACUUGGGUCGGAAGCGGCCUCAACCCGGAAAGAGAAAAUAUGGGAGCCUUCUACUCCGCAGCACGCGAUCCCAUUUUCUACCCCCACCACGCCAACAUCGACCGCUUAUGGGAAGUGUGGAGAAAGCUAAGAGAAUCGGCCGUGCCGGACUUCACUGAGUCAGCCUGGCUCGACUCCUCCUUUACCUUCUAUGAUGAGAACCUUCGGUUCGUCAGGAUAAAGGUUCGCGAUUGCCUCGACAUAGCAAAGCUGGGGUAUGCCUACCAAAACAUCGAUCUACCGUGGCUCCAGGCCCGACCAAAGCCGGCUGUAUCACCAGAAAUAGCGCGCAAUAUUCUCAAAAAGAAAGAAGCAAUGGACAGGCUUCUCACGCCGGCUAAUCUUAUCAGAGAGGCCGCGUUUUUCGGCAACCAAGAACGAGCACUUGAGUCUACAGUCAGAGUUAAGCUCCAUAGAUCCAGGAGGAGCCGAUCACAGGCGGAGAAAGCGGAUGAAGAAGAAGCGCUGGUGGUGUACGGGAUUCGCGUGAAGGGCGACACGUACGCCAAGUUUGACGUGUUCGUCAACCUGGUUGCUGAUGAGGAGACGACUGGACCCCUAGCAAGGGAGUUCGCUGGCACCUUCGUCAACAUGCCACGGGGCGCGAGAAGGGUGCCCCCGGAAAGCAGCCAAUCUGAUGUGUUGAUGAAGAAAACGCUGAAGCUGGGAAUCUCGGAGCUUCUGGAGGACCUCGAAGCUGAUCAGGACGACACCGUGUGGGUGUCUCUGGUGCCGAGGGGCGGCACUGGGGUGAACAUAACGGUGGAGGGCGUUCGGAUCGAAUUUGUGAGGUGA